AUGGCGGCCACGUCGGCGACCCCGCCGUCUCACGGUGACCUUUCCAAAGACUACCUGUUUAUCCUCUGUCGUUUCGUGGGAGGCACCGUAGGCGGCGCGAUGCAGGCAGGCUCCAGCCACCCUUUCGACACGAUCAAGUCCCGCGUACAGAACGGCAUCUUCCCCUCCAUUUCCUCCUGCGUGUGGCACACGUGGAAGGACGAGGGCGUCCGUGGCUUCUUCCGCGGCGUCACACCCCGACUCCUUUUCUGCAGCUUUCAAAACGCUGUGCUCUUCAGCCUCAACCAGACAAUGAACAGUCUAAUGGCAGUGCCGGAGCAGGACCCACACACUCCGCCGUCGCUGUGGCGCACCGCCGUCUCGGCCCAGCUCACCACACCUCUUUAUGUGCGGACUGUGGCGCCUGUGGCGAAAGUGAAGGUUCAGUUGCAGAUGCUCGGCCAGGGCGGCAAGGAGUCUUCCACGGUGGCUGUGCCAGCUUCGUGCUUGCUUCACAUCAUUCGAGUGGAGGGCUACCGAGGCAUCUUCGGCUACACCCCGACACUGAUGUCUCAUCUCAUUGGCCUGCCGUUUUACUUUACGGGAUGCUAG